AUGGAAUGCGUACCCAGUGAUUCUUGUCUCUUCAAUAAUACGGUGAAUGAGUGAAGCGUGUGUAAGAAUGUCUUCAAGCUUGUUCCCACUCUCCAUUUGAUUUUGUAUAAGCUCUUCUAUGUUGAAGAGAUUUACCCUCAUCAGAGCACUUUUAGGCUAUCUAGUGUUGCUGGAGUUGCAGUUGCCAAUAGUUGAAUCUGUUCCCCGUUUUGCACCAUAACCAUUUCAUGCUUUUCUUUCUGCUAGCAAUGCACUUCAUUAUAUGUUUAAAAGUUAAAUAUAUAACGUUUAUAAUUGAGUGGUUCCCGUAAUUUGUCAGUUAUGGGCAUCUAUCCUUCAGUUAUGCAAUUUUUCCAAUGACAAGGGACCAUCUACUCAUUGACUGCUCUUUCUCUAAAGCUAUAUGGACAUCUAUUCUUAAGUUAUGCAAUUUUUCUAGAAUGCCUGGCUUGUGGGAAGAAGAUUUGGACUGGUCAUCACCUCUUUUUAAGGCAAAUCCUCCGGUUGUUUUUUGUAUAAGCUAGCUUGGAAUGCCUUUGAUUAUCUUAUAUGGAGAGCUAGGAGUAACAGAAUCCAUAAAUCUCACAGCUAUUCAGUCUGUGAGGUUAGUCAUGAUAUCAAAUGUGAUGUGAGACAUAGAUUGUCUAUGGAAAGUAAACUUGCUGUUUGUUCUAGUGCUCAUAAAUCUCUUCAUUCGUAUUGGGGGACCAUUGCUAGUAGUUUUCUGUGAGGGCUUGUAUGCAGGAUCGGUCCACCUUCUAGUGUCUGUGCUGCAACAAUUAUUUCUUCCUUAUCAAACCAAAAUGUUACACAUAUGUAAUUGAGUGAUUCCGUUAUUUGUCUGUUAAAUAUUUCUCUGAAUGAUAAAUAUCAAUCCAAAUACGAACAAGCUUCUAAAGCUCAGCAAGAAAAAGAUAAAUGUCAUUCUACAGCUCAAUCGGAGGACGAUGAACUACUGGCAAAAGCUCUCCAAGAAAGUUUAUAUGUAGAAGAUCCAUCUAGUCAUGGUAAUGGAAAAUCAUUUCAACCUCAUCGGAUUUCAUCUUCGGGCUCGAGAUGAUGAAUAUCAAUCCAAAUACAAACAAGCUUCUAAAGCCCUGCUAGAAAUAGACAAACUUCAUGCUAAAGCUCAGUUGGUGGAGGAUGAACUACUGGCCAUAGCUCUCCAAAAAAGUUUAAAUGUAGAAGAAGAUCGAUCUAGACACAGCAAUGGAAAUUCACUUCAAAUUCAUCCAGUUUCAUCUUCAGGCUCGAGAAUCUGUGCUGGUUGCAAGAGUCAGAUUGGUCCUGAAUAUUUCAAGAGUUAUAUGGGUGCUGAUUGGCAUCCGGAAUGCUUUCGCUGCCACGCAUGUGAUCUUCCAAUUGAAGAUCUCAAGAUUUCAGAGUCCGGGGACCACCUCUAUCAUGAAUCAUGCUACAAAGAACACCAUCAUCUAAGAUGUGACGUUUGCAAGAAUUAUCUGCCAGUAAACAAUGAAGGAUUCGAGUACUCGGUUCAUCGUUUCUGGAUGCAAACAUAUUGCCAAAUACAUGAGCAAGAUGGGACUCCAAUCUGUUGUAGUUGUGAGAGGAUGGAACCAAGAGACAAGAGAUACUCGUCGCUGGAUGAUGGUCGAAAGCUAUGUCAAGGGUGUCAAGACUCUGCGAUUAUGAAUACCAAUGCGUGUCAACCUCUUUAUCUGGAAAUACAAGGAUUCUAUCAUCGUAUGAAUAUGAAAGUGGAAGAGCAGAUUCCUCUACUCUUGGAGGCAAGACAAGAGCUGAAUGAUGCAAUAGAUGGAGAAACGAAUGGACAUCAUCACUCACAUGAAACUAGAGGACUAUGCGUAAGGGAAGGACGGAAUGUUCCCAAUGCUACCCGAAGGCCAAGAAUUGGAGUAAACCACCAAAUUACCGAUAUGGUAACUGAACCUUAUAAGCCGGUUCAUGCAAUCCUCAUUUUGUAUGGUCUCCCUAGGCUGUUGACAGGUUCAGUCCUUGCUCAUGAGAUGAUGCAUGCUUGGCUUCAACUAGAAGGUUAUCCUAACCUUAGUCCAGAGGUUGAAGAAGGCAUUUGUCAAGUUUUGGCUCAUAUGUGGUUGAAUUCUGAGAUCAAUUCAAGCCCCACAAAUGAUGUUUCCUCAUCCUCAUUGCCGUCAUCUUCCUCUUCGUCAACAACAUCGAAGAAGGCCAAAUAUUCUGACUUUGAGAUACAACUUGGCAAGUACUUCAAGCAUCAAAUAGAGACUGAACCUUCAAUGGCCUAUGGAGAGGGAUUCAGGUCAGGAAACAAGGCAGUGGAGGAGCAUGGCCUUAGGAAAACUCUCGAUCACAUUCGACUGACGGGGACCUAUCCACUGUGAUUUAUUAGGUGGCUGUCUGUGGAACUUUUGUUUUCAGUGGUUAGUCGCCAUGCAUUAGUGACUUAAUACAGCACGAGCAAGAGCAUCAGUAGAUCUUAUGAAUAUAUCCGCGUUGAAAUUUGCUUGACGAUUAUAUGGCAGAUGUCAGAACCAGAGGUAUAGUACAGAUAUGAUAUUUUACUUAUUGAAGUAACAGAAAUGGUGUCCGUGGAAGUGAAUAUGUACAUGCUUGUAUGAUUUUUUAGCU